AUGUCUGCUUUAACUUCAUCGUUCACCGCCAACUUGGUUUCGGUCAAAUCUGCCGCCAAGAAGUCCCAAAAGGUUGUCGUCGGCGUCCACGCGUCCAACGAAUUCGCCAAGAAGAGCAUCUCCUUCGUCGCCGCGUCUGUCAUCGCGUUGCAAGCGUCCCCGGCGUUGGCGAUGAACGCCAUCGAGCUCACGGAUAAGAGAGCCGAAAACGUUGGUGGUUUGCAGCUCAUCUACGAGGCGCGUGACUUGAACAUCAACGAAUCCACGAGAGGCGACGGGGCGUCCAGAUUUGCUUUGCAAAAGUUGUCCACGGAACAAACUGCGGCGAGAGCGAAGGAAGCGACGGCCCGUUUGUCCGGGGAAGUUUCGGAAUACGUCAACAAGAAGUACUGGACCCAAGCCGGUAACGCUUUGAGACGUGCUGUGUACACUUUGAGAUUUGACGUCAACAACCUCGUCGCGGAGAAGGGUGGUGAUGCGGAUGCCGCCAAGGACUUGUUCAAGACCAUCGAAUCGCUUGACUUUGCUAUCCGAUCGAAGGACUUGGACACCGCCUCCCCGUUGGCCGCGGCGGCUGCCUCCAAGGCGGACGCCAUCCUCGCCGCUUUCUAA